AUGAAAUAUAGUGGUGACACUCCUGUGGCGGAUGAUGAAGCUGUUGACAAGCUUCGAGGUGAGCUGGUCGACCUCCAGAAGCGCUUUAUUCUCCUCUUCAAAGCUUCCGGCCAAAGUCUCGAGCAGAUUCGGUCAACUGUUGAAUCGUCCCUCAAGUCACGAGCAAAUGAACCCACACAAGGUGGGCGAUUAAGUGACAGGGACAGCAUGCUGCAGGACCUCGUGAGAAUUGUUGAGCGAACUCAGCGUUAUGUACAGUUGGCUGGAAAACCUCCACUAGGUUCUGUUUCCGCAGAUGCACUCCAGAUAGAGUAUCAAUCGUGGGCAAGCAAUAUGCCUACUGCCAGUUCGCAUCGCAGUCACGGGGAUCAUGCAACCACGGAGCAACGUGUGAAGAGUCUUCAACUUGAAAGAGAUGACGUUAAGAGGAAACUGCAGGAAGCGGAAGAGAAUAACGCGAAAUUGCAGCGGAAACUAAAGGCCGCUGUGCAGAAGUAUAACCACCUUGCGAAGAAUACGAAGGAGAUGGGCGAGCCCAGUCACACAACGAGAGCUCGCACUUUGAGUCCCAGUGCGCACAAUGGCAAUUCUUCAAAAUCAUCGGAAGCAGUGUCUAAACGCUUUACUGGUCACAGCUACAGAGAUUCCGCCGGACAGCGAUCGUGCCGUCAAAAUUCUUGUAAUGAUGUAGUCGGAGAUUCUGCGUUUAACAGCCAGCACACCUCAGCCCGUGGUGGAUCAUCGGAGUUUCUGGAUGCGGUGCGGCAGGAUAACGCCUCACUUCGGAGAGAGGUCACUAAGCUCAAAGAAGAGCUGCGGCAAACACAGCGAGGGGCUAUUGCGCGAACUAAACAAGGGGACGAGGAUGUGGGAUCAUUGCUUAUGAAAAUUACUGGCUUGAAGCAGGAGCUUGUGUUGGAGGAGCGGCAGCGAAUGGACGCCUUGCUGCACUUGGGUGAGGCCAAGCGGGAAAAUCAACGACUGGUGACCCAAGUAGAGGAGUUAAAACAACAGCUAGUGCACGUGCAGCAGUCGGACGGCCGUGUCCCUGAUGUAAUCUCCGUCGAAAGCAAAGAGACAAACAUUAUGAAUAGCCUAGGGAAGGAGCUGGGUCACACACAGCAGGUCGCUGCGAUGCAAGUGUUGCAGGCGAAGGAAUUGACUCGGGUGUUGGAGAGGAUGCAGGACUUCUUACACUCGUCGUUUUUGAAGCAGAGGAAGUUGGUAACGGAGCUAGAAAAAGCGGGGAAAGGUUGGAGCACCACGCCCCUGCAGCUGGAGGCGGCGCAAACCCACGAGGGUUGCACGCCUGCAAAUAAGGUGAAGAUAGAGGACGCCAAUGUGUCAUCCCCUGGCGUGGAGUCGAGUGGAGGGAAGAGCAGAACGAUAUUAAAGGCUUCUGAUGACAGUGGUAGUAGCGAUUUGAACACUUUCUGUGACCGGGUACUCACUGUGGACGACGUGGAUCCUCUUACCUUGGGCAAGAAUGAUGGCGACACACAUCUUCGUAGUCAGAACAGCGAACUUGUGAAGGAGAAUCAGCAAUUACACGAUGCACUUUCCAAACUUUCGAUGAUGUAUCGGUCGACGAAGGAAAAACCCAAAAGUGGUGAGCGGUCGGUGAUGGAACGUGAGGCUCUUCCUCCCGGAGUGAAGCAACCUGACAGGUCUGCUGAGGUUGCAAGCGCAAAAAGGGUUGUGAAGGAGCACGUGCGUAAAGAUAAUGCAAAAGCACAUCGGGAUGCCAAAAAAGAAAAGGCCCAAUCCUCACUUCGGGAGCAAGUACCCCCAAAGCAGUUACCGGUGCAACCGCAUCAGCUCCCCAAAGCACCAAAACCCCAAGCUCAACGUGAUCUGCCACCAAAGUCACCCGUGCGAAGACACGACUCUCAUCUGCAGCGGUCUCGGACGACGACACCGAGACGGGAAGCGCAUGCGCAAUACGACCAAAAGCAACGACACAACCUGUCAAGUUCAUUGCAAGCUGAGACCGGCUAUACUCAGUCGCCUUCAGCUUCUCAGAGUAGAGACGACCGGUCUUCUUCACAUUCCUCCACUAGUACCGCUAGGUUUUUACGUAGAUUGGCAGAGUUUCGUUUCCCAAAGGAGGGUGCUGCAAGUGUUCCUGAUAGUGGCGAAAGAAACACAGAUAGUGGUAAGGAUGAUGUGCGGAAUUUCUCACCUCCCCGGCUGAGCUAUAUGAAGUCCACGUAA